GGCACAAGCAGUCGUCGGAAACACAAAAGUGAUAAAAAAAAACUGAUCCCUGCCUUGUCGGAUCCGAUGGCUCCUCCUCCUUCGUGCGAGACAGCGACCGUACGAGUCCUUUGCCCAAAGCAGCUGCUUCUCUCUGGGAACCAACCAGGAUCUCUCCAAUGGCUCAUUGGCUCCCCAUUUUUCCCGCCUUUCACCGUCGUCUCCACCUUCCGAUGCAUCCACCACUCUCCUGAUCUCCUUCAAGAAUCUGAUGAUCUCAGGAAGCUGUUGCCGAAAGGUUUUGAGGUGAUUGGAGGUGUGAUAGUUGGGGACUCUGACGCCGUGAAAAGCGCGCUUGAGGCGGUCAGAGCAGCUCGUAGGUUGCGUAAGAGUAUAUCUGAAGGUGGGGAGUUAGAUGACGAGAAGAUAGUUGGAGCUAGCGUCGACGCAGGAACCGGCAGCAUUCACUUCUUCAUCUCUAGAACCGAGAAGUUAGCAAAGCUAGAGCCUGUUGGUUCCGUUGACUAUGAGGAGGAUAAGUCUGGAAAGUAUCUGUGGGAGAAUGGUUGCUUGCUUCACUGUGAGCUUCCCAUCAAGUUGCCUUUUUAUUUCCCCGCAAGCUCUCCCUCUGAAGCGAAGAAGAUGUUUUCGGAAGCUGUUGAUGGAGUUAUCACUCAGUUUAAAGAACCAUGUGUUGUGUACGUAGCCGAGACCUUAAAGAAAGCUUCUGGAGAUGUUCCGAAGCCAGUUGUUCUCCGCGGUAAAGAUUUUGGUUUUGGUGCUGAUGCGUCUAACAUUAACCGUCUUCCUGGUUCUGAGGACAAAGUAUCCGACAUUAAGAUGUUAUCAUGUUCACAUUUGUGUCUGAAUAGCAAAAAUGCUGCAGUAGUAAAUUCAGCAGAGAAUGCAGAUAAGAUCCAAAUCUCUGUUAUGCUUAAUAGAUCUGAAAAAUCCCUAUCCAUUGGUGCCCCUGUUGCAGAAUAUUUUCCUGCUAUGGAAGAAGCAAGGCUCAUUGUUGUUGAUUUAAAUCUUGAUGUACUUACUUAUGCACCCAAGGAACUACCACUCAUGCACGCAGUCUCAAAUUUAGUUAUCCCUGCUCUGGUUGAUCAGCUUUACUCACUGAAGAAGAUUAUCUUACCACACCUCUUGAUGGAACAUCCUCAGUUGCGUAUAUAUCACUUCAAUCCACCUGGAGUGUUACAUCCAGUAACCACUAUAUACGAGCUUAACUAUGGAGAGACUGAAAUGAAGCAAGUCGAUGUUAGGAAAUCUCUACACACGAGGCUUGGUCUGCCACUUGACCGUCCGCUUCUAAGAUCUGCUAAUGCCUUGGAUUUGUCUGUGAAUGAUGACUCAAGGAGUAACAUAAAGAAAAGAGGUUCCAUCCAGCUCAAAGAUGUGCAUAUCGGAAUCCCUAGCAGCGGUGUGUCGGAGGGUGUGGCAUCUCUUAUCCAAGGUUCUUAUGAGUAUUAUCAUUACCUUCAGGAUAGCUUUGAUGACUCGGGAUGGGGUUGUGCUUACCGAUCAUUGCAAACUAUCAUCUCAUGGUUCAGACUUCAACACUAUACAUCCAUUUCUGUACCUUCACAUAGGGAAAUACAGCAGACACUGGUGGAGAUAGGUGAUAAGGAUCCUUCGUUUGUAGGAUCCCGCGAGUGGAUUGGUGCCAUAGAGCUGAGUUUCGUGUUGGACAAGCUUCUUGGUGUAAGUUGCAAAAUCAUGAACUUCAGAUCUGGAUCCGAGCUCCCUGAGAAAUGCCGUGAGUUAGCUCUCCACUUUGAGACCCAAGGAACUCCAAUAAUGAUCGGAGGUGGUGUUCUUGCGUACACACUUUUGGGAGUGGAUUACGAUGAAGGAAGCGGAGAUUGUGCGUUCUUGAUCUUGGAUCCACAUUAUACAGGUGGUGAGGAUCACAAGAAGAUAGUAAAUGGUGGAUGGUGUGGGUGGAAAAAAGCAGUUGAUAGCAAAGGGAAGAGCUUUUUCUUGCAUAAUAAGUUUUACAAUCUUCUUCUUCCUCAGCGUCCUAACAUGGUUUGAUCUUUCUUCGUAUUUUGCUUACACACCAAUUAUUUAUUUUUGUCUCAUCACAGUUUUGUUAUUUUCUUAGUGUACUCUUGUCCCUCACCCUCAUAGUGCCAAAAAUAAAACUUUCAGUUGUUUUCUCAA